CCCACAAGGAAACCCACAAGUGUGACAGUCGUUCGAGAUCGGUUGAUCAUCCUUGAGAUCUAGACUAAGCCUGCUUAUGGUCGUAGUUUCUUCAAAAGGGUGCUUUCUGCGACCAACAUUGAAACUUUUAUCGUUACAAAUUUGCAGAAGAAAUAGAAAUAUGGCUACAGGGGGAAAUACAGUCUGGCAUCAGACCUCGAUAACAGUCGAGCCAAAGAAGAGAGGGAUUCAUCUAAUCACUGACAAAAUAAACAAAAUUCCAGAGCUCAAGAAGUACAAGAUUGGCUUAGCUCAUUUACUGCUGCAACACACAUCGGCUAGCUUGUCAUUGAAUGAGAGCUGGGAUCCAUCCGUGAGGAAAGACAUGGAAAUGAUGUUAAACAGACUAGCACCUGAAGAUGCCCCAUAUAUACAUACACUCGAGGGGCCAGAUGACAUGCCGGCUCAUGUGAAGACCAGUCUGAUGGGUACUAGUCUAACUGUUCCCAUCACUAAUGGGAAACUUAAUAUUGGAACCUGGCAGGGUAUCUGGUUGUGUGAGCACAGGGAUCAUGCCAGUGCACGGCACAUCAUCGUCACACUGCAAGGGACACAAUGAACAUAUCAAAGUAAGGGACAAUAAUUUAUUAGGGAAUAGGGUUAAUUAACUUACAUCAGAGCAAGGGCUACAGGAUAGACUCUGUUUACCUGUCGAUGUUUAUUAAAGCAAGGGUACAGGAUAGACUCUGUUUCCAUGAUGUACAUUAGGUCAAUUUCACAUGAGGCAUGGAAGAAUGCAUAAUUUUAUAAAGCUCUAUUGUGUGAUGCAAUCCUCAUUGUUGUUGAGGCAAUGCAUUGUAUUGUCUAAAAAUGAAAAAAAAAAUAUUUGACACAACCACUCUGGAGCAGGCAAUUUAAUCUGAGGGUGUUAAUACUAGAGUUUGUAUGUCAAAAAAAUCAGUUUUUAAUUAAAAAUAAAUCAACUUUCAUAGACAAAGAACAAGCUUUAUAUAUCAGCAUAGUUUAAGUUUAAGACCCAUAAAACAAUAUUCCCUUUUUUGUUUUAGUGAAAUGUAUCUGCUCUCUUAGAUAUAUUGUUUCAAAGUUCUAGGACGAGCCAUGUAAUGUCCACAAUGAAAAGGCAUUAAAGUUUAUUUUACAGAGAACACUUCAGCAUGAGGUUGCUUUUGCUCUUUUAAAAUACUCUUAAAAAUAUUUAAGGCUGAACAAAUCAUAAGAAAAGCCCCAAGAACUGUUGAAUAAGCCGUUGUGGACAUUACGUUGCGGACAUUACAUUUUUCUAUACCUUGUGAUUUUGAUGGUAUCCAAGUUGCUUCACAAACUAUUUUGUUGUUGUUUGCUUUUUUGAAUACUGUCAACAAUAUUUCAAGCUUGAGGGUGUACUGACAUCUGUUGCUAAGGAUAAGUGAAAAUAGCAUGAAAGCCUUGUAGAAAGUCAUAAGGGACUGAUAAAAAAUUGACCACCACAAGUGUGCUGACUAUUAUGAUGACGUUACCCCGUGACGUCAUAAUGUGACGUCAUAGAUACAGAUAAAAGCAAAUAUUUCAAGUAAAACUUCUCGAAAACAAAUAUUGAAUACGUUCUAUGAAUCUUGAGGGAUGGAUGCAUUAAGCCAAGCAUGCAAUUUAAAUAUGAUUGAGUAAUUGUUUUUUUAUGAUUUUUCAAAGGUCCUGAAAACCAGAUAUAAUUUUGGUUUCUGUUAGAUUAAGGCUUAAUCCAUGCUUGGUUAUAUGAAGGAGAUUUAAAUAAAAAGGAAUACAGAAAAAAA